GUGUGUAUUAUGGCUGACUCACAGGGAAAUUCCUGUGUGGUGGAGGGAGGGAUCAAACGGACAGCCGAGUAUAAUUGGUGUACGUGAGGGCAGCAGCUCACCAGAAGACCUGAGGCCGAGGUGAGUUGCUCCAGGCAGGCAGAACGAUAGCUCAAUGGGAGCAGACGCGCAUCGACUGACUUAGUUGCCUGGCGGGAGAUGGCCAUGACUUCCGCUUCGCUGCCCGCAGCACUUUUGGCUCUGAGCCUCCUUGUCCACUUGGGUCCGUCAGACUCGCUGGUCCCGCAGUCGGAAAUCCCAGCGGGCUUCCAGCAGGAGGCCGAGUCCUCCAAGUGCACCUCUUGCACCGUGGGCCAGGUGAGGAAGAACUCCAGCGACAUGGUGGAUGCGGUCAAGCGUCACAUCCUCAACAUGCUCCACCUGAGCGCACGACCCAACCUGACGCAAGCGCUGCCCCGCGCCGCGCUUCUCAAUGCCAUCAAGAAACUGCACGUGGGCCGCGUGGCCAACGACGGCAGCGUGGACAUCCAAGAGGACAGCGCCGACCCCGAGGCGCCCGGCGCCGUUGCCGCCCAGGUCAUCGCCUUUGCAGAGCCUGGAGAGACCGGCAACACUCUGACCUUCGAGCUCCCCAAGGAAGGCGGCAAGGCAGCGCUGGUGGAGCGGGCCGAACUGUGGCUCUUCCUCAAGUUGUCCCGGGGCACUCGGGCCAAAGGCAAGGUGAAACUGCAGCUCCACCAGGCCGAGCAGGACGUGCCCGCCGCCGAGAAGAUGGUGGACACACGCCGCAGUGGCUGGCACGUCCUGGCUGUCCCGCACUGCGUCCAGUCUUGGCUGGACAAAGCCGAUGGGCCGCUCCACCUCAGGCUGUCCUGCCCGCUGUGCGCCGGGGCUGGCGCCACGCCCGUCCUGCCCUCGGUCGGCGGCAACCAAUCCCAUCGGCCCUUCUUGACGGUGGCGUUGCGUGGCGGCGGAGAGGAGGCCGCUCGGCGGCGACGGACGGCUCGCAGCUUGGAGUGCGAUAGCAAAACGCGCACGUGCUGCAAGCAGCGCUUUUACGUGAGUUUUCAAGACAUCGGCUGGAGCGACUGGAUCAUCGCGCCGUCCGGUUACCAUGCCAACUACUGCGAGGGAGACUGUCCCGCCGACCAUAUGGCAAGCGUCGGCGGCUCUGCGCUCUCCUUCCACACCGCCGUCAUCAACCAGUACCGCAUGAGGGGCUCCGAACUCUUCCCCAACGUCAAGUCGUGCUGCGUGCCCACGCGGCUGCGCGCCAUGUCCAUGCUGUACUUUGACGACGAGCAGAUGAUCGUCAAGAAGGACAUUCGCGACAUGAUCGUGGAGCAGUGCGGCUGCUCAUGAAACGCCGGCCCAAAGAUGGUAGGUCAAGGGGGGGGGGGGGGUGGGGGGAGAAAGAAGGACCUUCCAAUAAGCUAUGAUGUCAUAUUUGAUCACGUUUGCGUCAAAAGUCUUGUCGAACGCUGGUGGACAACCAAGGAGACGUUCCGGACAAAGAACGGAAGCUAAGGAUGGAACGUUGGCUCGGGAGGGAAUUUCAAAAGCCUUCCGAGAGGGUGUGCAUGUUUUUGUCCAGCCCCCAAUGCACCACCAUCCUCCCGAGUGACAAGAAGCGGCCGAGGCGGUGAAACGAAAGUUUCCAAACCCAAGAAGCGGGCCGGCCAAAACCGGUCGCCGUGGCAACAAUGUGUUUGUUCACUGACCUACAAACUCACAGCUGAGUUGAGGUCUUGGUUUUGGAAAGACAAAGAGGGCGACACGAUGGGUUGUGGCUCGCAGAGUAUGUGGCAAUAGGAGGGAAGGCAUCGUUCUCCCAAAACACAAGAUGACGUCCGUUGAUGAGUGCAAUGAUUCGACGGCCGGUAGCACAAGUCACAAGAGUCGAAGUACCUUGAGGUCAGAAAGGUCAAGCGGCCAUCAGCCAAGAAUUUGUUUUUUUCUUUUGUUUUGUAUAUUGCACUGGAGGAAAAAAACUAGCGACUCGCAACUGACUAACUUUCACUGCUGUCAUCGAUGUGACGCCAAACAAACGAUUGUUUAUACAGACGGUUGUUGGGAAAAUGCUUUCCCCAAUAUCUUGGGCAGCAAAGGAAGAUUGGCAUAUCACUGUAAAAUUCGCUAAAAGAAAAAAAAUAUUCAAUUGCCCAUCUCGACAUAUAUCAUUCUGCCAGCCUUCUCCAAAAAUGUGACAUCAUUUUGCCAAAAUGACAAUCUUUCAAAGCGCAAACGUCAAUAGGUCUGCCUCAACGUGAGUAUGAGGUAGCAAGAACAGUGGAAAUCGCAAUGGGGUUUUGCUGCUGGCUAAAACAAAAGUCAAAUGUGUGAAAAUGUGCUUUUGCAGAAAA